UCAGAGCCUGGGGGUUGUCUGCUUCUAGGUCUGCUCCCAUUUUACAUCGCAUUUCCUCACUAGAUGGUGUGCGAGCCACUGGAGAGUACACUUCCCCGCGCAGCAGUGGGCUCCGCAUCCAGCCAAACACGCAAACCCGGGAACCUGCGCCGCGGACCAGUUCUUCGCGGGGCUCCGAGGAGGGAAAGUGUGGACCUAAAGCGUCGCGCGCGUCAAGCGUCCCCCCUCCUUUUUUAAGCUAGCCCCUCGGUUUUUUUUAGCCACAAGAAGACUUGGGAAAGAGCGACAACAACGCGCAGCUGUGAUGGACAUAAUGAUUGCGGUGCAGGAUGCUUGCGUGUCUGGACAGUGGCUCACUGCGAUCAUCCUCAGCCUGUGCUGCUUCCUGCCGUCCUGUUUGCCCGCCGGACAAACUGUGGACUAUUCGUCGGUGGAAAGUGUGGUGAGCAGACAAGGCGACACGGCUCUGCUGAGGUGCUACCUGUUGGAUGGGAUCUCUAAAGGAGCCUGGCUGAACCGCUCAAGCAUCAUAUUUGCAGGGAAUGACAAGUGGUCUGUGGACCCACGUGUGUCCAUUGUUUCCAGUGUUGGCGACAAACAUGAGUACAGCCUUCAGAUACAGAAAGUGGAUGUAAGUGAUGAUGGCCAGUACACAUGCUCCAUUCAGAGUGAACGCAACCCACGGCCAAAGCUCCUCAACCUCAUCGUUAAAGUUCCUCCCAAGAUAUAUGACAUUUCCUCUGACAUCACGGUAAAUGAGGGCAGCAACGUGUCGCUCAUCUGUACUGCCAGUGGGAAACCGGAGCCAACCAUUUCCUGGAGACACAUAACCCCAUUAGCCAGAAAGUAUGACAGUGGCGAAUAUCUUAACAUCACCGGCAUCACAAGGGACCAAGCUGGAGACUACGAAUGCAGCGCUUUAAAUGACAUCUCCUCUCCUGACACCAAAACAGUAAAAGUCACAGUCAACUUCGCUCCAUCUAUCCAUGAGAUGAAAAGCCAUGGAGUCGGUCUGGGCCGCGUAGCCCAGCUACGGUGUGAGGUGGCUGCGGUGCCUUCCCCAACAUUCGAGUGGUACAAGGGUGAGAAAAGGAUUAUCAAGGGUCAGGGCAUCGACAUCAAGAGCCUCAGCUCCAGAUCAGUGCUGCUGGUGAACAACAUGACAGAGGAUCGCUACGGGAACUACACAUGCGUCGCCACCAACAAGCUAGGAACGGCUAAUGCCAGUGUGCCUCUCAUUCCAAUUAUUGAACCCACCACCACUAGUGCUGUCUCAAGCCCAGCGCCCAACACUGCACCCUAUGGGAGCACAGGAAGUGCGCGCGUCCCGCUGGCCUGCCGGUACCUGGUCCUGGCUCUCUCCUCCUUCAUCAGCGCGUACUAGCAGAGUCCAGCCCAGACACAAUGACUGUCGAGAGCAUUUAUGAAUCCUUUUUGACACUGCUGAUGGCUGGAAUCCAAUCUGGUACAAUUUGUUGAAAAAUUGUGAGGGGAAAAUAAUCAGCGUUACUUUGUGUGGGGAUUUUUUUUUUCUUUGCUUUUUGGUGAAAUUCCUGUCAUGUAAAUACUAUGAUGUUUUUUAUUAUUAUAAUUUCCUCUCUCUCUCUCUCUCUUUCUCUUAUGUUUUCUUUUCUCUUCUGGUUAAUUGACCAUCAUGUGAAUCAGUGCUCAACCUCAGCCCCACUUCACCUCCAAUCAUAUCAAAAAGCCCCCAAAGCUCCCAAAUGAGACACUUUCGAGCCUGUUUCUCUGGGAGGCGAUGGCGCGAAAUUGACACUUACAUCUGUUUUUGUACAUGGCUAAAAAGAAGCAAUUGUGCCAAGUCUGUCAGUACAAAGAGUCACCACGGCAGCGUUGUACUGAACGUACUGUGGGUUGUCGAACAAAGGAACAACAUUUAGAUUGAUGACAAUACAAAUUCCAAUUCUGGAGUGUGCUUCUAAAAUACAGAAAAACAAAGCAAAAAAAAAAAGAAAAGAACAAAAAAGAGCUGUAAUGUCCUGAUUACUCAGUAGGUGGAUGAACAGUGUUGAAGGUGUGCUUCGUUGUGUUCUGAAAUGGAUCCUUCAGUUACGAUGCCUGCCUCACAGCUUUGAUCAGGCGGCCGUCGAAGUAGCAAAGUAUACUGUAUUGUAUCUUAUAUUUUGAUAUAGUGUAGGCUUUUGUUUCCGAGUGGGACCAGCUUUUCUCAUUCCACCAAUAACACCUUUCAUGAUCUUGUACAGUAUGAAGGGAGGAACACUGUGGCCCCGUGUUUACAUUUCUCUUGAAGAUAUAAAUACUGCGUUUAAAUGCUCCACGUUUCUUUCAGUGCGUCCACACGCGUGAAUGUUGAGGAGAUGAAGCAGAGCCCGAGUUCAACUGCUGAGAGCUUUUCUCUUAACGACGGCGUCCUUUGAAUCGCGCCACCUUCAGUAGGCGUCUGAGCAGAGCGUUUUAUCUCUGGAUUUGCUGGCUGACUACUGAUCAUGUGGCUGGAAAAGCCGCAGCUGCACAACGCCCAAGUUUUUGGCUCCAACUUUUCACAUGAUGCUGUAGAUAAUGGAUUCUGGGAACGCAGGAUUCUUGUGUUUCACUCGUUAACAGAUAAUUCAAUAGCUAAAUAUAUCAGAGUCUGUUUAAAAGUAUAUAGAUCUACUUCAUUAUUACAGAAGCGUAAAGAGCCAAGGGCCAAAUAAAUCAAAACCAACGUAUAGUUUACGAUUAAGAACAAGAUCAAUAGCGAAAGCUGCUCUGAAUCCAGUGUGAGAGUCUGACUAACACAACACAGAAUGAAGAUUAUGAGCAUUCUCAUCAUUGCAAACACGGCCUAAGGGGCUGGCAGCUCCUUCAGGACAGGCUAAUAAUGCACGUGGGCAGAGCCAGCGAUCGUCCACCGACGCGCCGGCUCACCGCACGUGGCCGCGGAGCAGGAGAAACAUUAAGCUCAUGCAAACAGAGCGCGUGAAGGCGCUUGCAGGGCUUUGCUUAUAGCGUCAAGGCUGUCAGCGCGGUGCGCUCAUGCCCGAGCAUCUUCAGGCCACAACGUGAGCAGAGGUACUGCACUGUAAUGCCUUAAUAGUGCCAUAAAUGAACCAGAAGCUCUGAGGAGAAGACUACUCAUUAGCUUGACUUAAUACUGAUGAUUGAAUGUUCAUAACCCGUUAUCUGACUCAUCGUUCCAAUCAGGCUUUGUGAUGCAUCCAGACCCAAUCAGCCCACUAAUGGCUCUCAACGGUAUUUUUAAAGAAGCCGGUCACAUGCAGUAUUCGUCGUGCUUGCAACCCUCGUUUGGAUUUGGAUUGUGUUAUUUUGUGCCCCUCCCCACGCGAUCGAGCUCACACAGUAUUUUCACAUGAACUUAUAACUGCAAACCUAUAGAGAAAUAGCCAUCGCAGUUAAAAGACUUAAAGCACAAACACUGAUACCGCUUUCACGUUUUGUGGUGAUUUGUUUUGAGGUCUGCAAAACUUUUGUUUUCCAUUGAUUGUUUGUACUGAAAUUGUUCUCAGCUUGUUUGACAACUUAUGCACCAUAUGAUCUUGUUUUAAUGUUAAGGUAUGAUGAAAAUGGGUCAGAACUAUAUUUAUUCUCUUCCUUUAUGAAAACAAUGUAUAAAAAUACAUUUGAAACAUGUAAAACUGGAUAUGUGACAUUUAUUUGACUGAGGUGCAGUAUGGCAUAGUUUCUAAUGUCGUCAGGUUUACUUAGAUGCCAUAACUGUUGUUGAUUUCUUUGUCGGACUUAAAAGAACAAUGUUUGCAAUCAGAUUACCUACUUUUUGAAACAGAGAGGGUGUGAACCAAUAUAACAGUAUUAUAGAACAGAAUCAAUGUGUGUAUAUUUGGAGAAAAUACAAUAACGUUUGAUCAUUAGAGCCAGUGUGUAGUCCUAGUUUUCACACACGAUGUGCAGAGAGUAUGGUUGUGCUGCAUGUCAACCUGUUAACCUGUGUUUUUGAGGUGGCCAUUUUACAAAGAAUUCAUGGUUUUUAAUCAAUGGCAUCGGUUUUUCCAAACUCUCGGUUCUUCAACCCGGUCUGAAGACCCAGACGUCCUGUAGAACGCCGGGCUGCGCGUGUUUGUGGUUUCCCGGCGCCUCGGCCUCGGAUGAACUGAAACCACUGCUGUUCAGAGUCAUGACGAUUAUUGUGGCCCGGUCUGAAGUUCUGUUGGUUGUUGUUUAAGCAGUUAAGACCAUGCUAGUAUUCUAUAUGAAACUUACUGGAUGUUGGUUCUCUUGAAUAAUGGUAUUUACAAGUCUCUUUUAUCAAAUCACUAUUAUUUGCAAUAAAAGUCUCCAUGUUACAAUAUUUAAA